AUGGAACGUGACAUUGCUGAGAAUGCCAAAGAACGACACAUCAUGUCGACAGAAGCAGCAGAAUUGCGUAAUCAAAUCUCCACUCUGCAGGAGGAACUGCAAGACGCCUUGCAAAAGCACGAACAUACCAUCGAUGAUCAACAAAAAAGACAUGAUGAAGCCGUUCGCAGUGUAAGUUCAUACCUUCUAGUAGUGGUCCCUCCAGCGAGAUUAUCGAGAUGGAUGCAACGGCUAACACAUAUGAUUGACAGAUCCGUGUCGAGUUGGAGCAGAGAUGCACCAACAAGCAGAAAGAGCUGACAGAUUUGCAAGACUCGGUUCAGAAUUUGUCAAAUAAGCAGAUCGAACUUGAGAAUCUUCUCAAAGGUGCCCAAAAGAGGGUAGCAGAGCUGGAGAAAGAACACAAAUCGGAUCUGAGUGCUCUUCAAGCGUCGGCGAAUACCAACACGCGUAAUCUUCAACGCCUGCAGCAGACAAGUACCGAAAUGUUCCACACAAAACGACAGAACAGCCAUCUUGAAGGUCGGCUAUCAGAAUUACAAGGGCAGUAUGACACACAGGAGCAGGCGUUAAGAAAAUCCAAUGAUCGGAAUCAGCAUUUGGAAAACGAGAAUGUUGCCAAUUCAGAGGAAAUCCAAACGAUGCAAGCGCAAAAGUCUGAGGCCGAGAUGCAAGUCAAAAUCUUGAGUAAAGACUUGGAUACACGAACACGAAGCGAGCAAGCCUUGUACAACAACAAUACACAACUACAACAUCAACAGCGUCGGGCCGAGCAAAAGACUCACAGCUUGAUUGUCGUCUUGCAGAGCUACACCAAGCAAAACAAUUCCCUAGAUGCUCAGUUGCACCAGGAGACAAAGCGGCUCAUAGGCGCCCGCAUCCUCCUCCGACAGACACAGGAUCAGCUACGAAUCGAGCAACGACACCACCAAAAAGCGAUAGAGCACCAAGAGCGCAGAGAUGUAGUAGGCCGCGCUACCCGCUCUCUUCUAUUAACCCAAGCAGAACAGCAACACCAAGCGGCCAUCAAGACGAUCAACGAACUGGAACAGAGCAUCGAGGGCCUUCGUGCCGCCAAAGAAAAUCUGGAGAAGGAACACGAAGCACGGCGUCUGCUCUUGAUGCCGCGAGAACUGCCCAGCGGCAAAUUGCCGACGAUCUGGAGUCGGAGCAAGCCGCACAUAGGCAAACCACAACGGCACUGUCGUUCGAGAGGGGGCAACGUGGCGCCACGUGUCGGAGUAUUAUGGGUUUGCAUUCCCGUCUGGGGCGCGAAUCUGCAUCGCAUGCAUACACCAGCACCGCUCUCCGACGUCAAAAAGAGGAGCAUAGAGCAACAACAAAUGCUCUCGAGGCUGCGACAACAGCGCAACGGCAGACCGCCGAGCACUUGGCGUCCGAACGAGCAGCCCACGAGCAGACGGCAUAUGUGCUGUCUGUCGAACAGGAGCAGUACAACGCGUCACGUCGAAGUGUCAUGGAUUUGGAAACCCACUUGCAGGAUGAGGCUACAUCUCAUACAGAAACACGCACGGCUCUUCGACAGGAACAGGACGACCACGCAUCAUAUCUCCGUACAUCCGCCCACGACCAUACCAUCGUCAUGGCGGACCUCCAAGAUGCCCGCCAGGAAUAUUCCACAGAGUGUGCAGAGCAUGCCACUUCGGUCGACGCCCUCUGGCGAGAGAAGGCCGCCCAUGGCAGGACGUACCGCGAGCUCAAGAAAGCUCAUUCCCAGCACGACGACUUGGGUAGUAUAUUCGUAUACGAGCAAGCCGCUCAUCGCUUUACGUCGAAGCAAGGAGAACAACGACUAGAGUGCGCUCAGGAAAGGCUCGCGCAAGAAACGCGCGUGCAUGCCGCGGCCCGUCAAAAACUGUCAGAUGAAGAAUCUGCACAUGCAAAGACUUCAAACCCUCGCAGACGAUCUGGGUCAGGAAAAGGACGACCAUGCAGCUACUCAAAAGCGAUUAUGUCAGGAACAGGAUGACCAUGCCAACACGCGCAAGCGACUAUGUCUCAAGACUGCGCAACUUGAAACACAAACAGCUAUCGGAACAGCAGGCGAGGAACGAGACCCUCGAACAGAAUGUGCUCGAUGCCCAAGCCGACCAUAGCGCCACUUCCAUCGCUCUUGAUCAGCAGACUGCGGCCUGUGCAAAGACUUAG